UCAGGAAUGAUGUAUCGAGGAUGUGCCCACGAAUCAAAUACGUUUAAUUCGAGGACGAUUUUGCUAUCGGGACUUUCAGGAAUUAGUUGCGUGAUGUGGGUGAUUUUCGGAGGAUUUAAUUUUGAUGGAAUUCUAUUGAUUCUUCGAUUGGUGCAUUAAUUUGUGUUAUUGUAAAUUCAAAUGGGGGAUUGAAGUGAUUUGGAAAGGAUUCAUGCUGGCAGGUUUCUUCGAGUGCCAUUUCUAAAGUUUUAAAUUAUUGGCGGAAAGUAGCUCGUUUUCAUGUUGGCGUGGGAAGUUGUUUCUGCAAAGUGUAACACAGUGUGAAGACAAAAUCUCGACUCCUGGACUUUUUCCUUUGGGUAAAAUUUUCUUCUCUGCCUGGAUAGGAAUCUAACACUUUUCAGAAUUCAGUAUGGAUCUUGUUCAAAAAUAUAACUUGUAACUAUCAAAAUAUGGCUGAAUUUUGUGUGAAUAUGGACAGACAAUUCUGUGCGUUGCAAAAUCAUGAUGAGCGGCAGUGAUCUGGUAGACUCGCUUGUGGCGUCGCUAGAGACGAUGGACAUUACGCAGAAUUUCAAUAUGGCCGCCAUAUUGCCGGUCGAGAACAACAUAAGGCGUGAUAACAACCGGUCGACGGGUUCGCGGUUUUUAUGUUGCAUGAUGCCGGUGAUAACAUCACCGAAUGCUCAGGGAUACAUGGAUCCAGGGGUACAAAAACUGCUGACCUCAUUGCGAGAAAUCAAAUCUCGUGCCCAGGGAAAGGAUGAGGACCUUGUCUUCCUGAGGACGUUUCUACAGAACCAGGACCUCAUGUCGCUGCUUAAAGUACACCAAACCAUGUCGGACAUUGGGAACAGGGAUCUCAAGCCUCUGGCAGGCAAUGUGAAAGAAAUGGCCACUGAGGUCGUGGACGACUUACGGUGCCAUCCUUUUUCAUCAGAAUCGGUGGAGCUUCAACAAUUGCUACGGAAACCACACAUGAAGUGUGUGUUUGAAGCUCACGAUAAAAUCGCCAACAAGGACUACAGUCCACAGUUACCCGACAUUCCCCAUGAGGUGGAUGAGGAUGAUCAGGAGUCUAUCAAGAUUGUACGACUCGUCAAAAACAACGAACCCCUUGGUGCUACCAUAAAGAUAAAUGAACAAACGGGUCAGAUCCAAAUAGCGAGGAUAAUGCACGGCGGUGCGGCGGAUCGGAGCGGGUUAAUCACGGUCGGUGAUGAAGUCCAGGAGGUGAACGGGAUAUCGGUGAAGGGGAGGGAUCCGGCAGACAUCGUGGAUGUUUUGACCAGCGUCGUUGGACCAAUCACAUUAAAGCUGAUCCCGGCGGAAAUUGACGGAAAGAAUUUCCGGGAAAGUAAGACUCGCAUGAAGGCACACUUCAGUUAUGACCCCCGUGAAGACAAACUGAUCCCCUGCAAGGAGGCAGGACUGGCAUUCAAGCGGGGGGACGUCCUGCAUAUCGUGAAUCAAGAUGACCCCCUCUGGUGGCAGGCCAGGAAGGAGGGGGACCAGAAUAUGCGGGCGGGGCUCAUUCCAGGGAGGCAUUUGCAGGAAAGAAAAGAGGCCUAUAAAACUGCUUGUAGUAUAGAAAGCUCAGGGAAUAAAACAAAAAGUAAAUCUGUGAAAUUCAGCCCAAAACUCGGCAGGCAGCAGAAAAAGACCAAGAAGAUUAUGUACCAGACGUGUCACAAUGAAGAUUUUGAUUGUGAAGAAAUCAUCACUUACGAAGAGGUGGAACAAUACGACCCUAAACCGGGGAUGUACCGCCCAGUUGUACUUAUCGGUCCCCCUGGUGUUGGUAGAAAUGAACUAAAAAGGAGACUUAUCUCAACAAAGGUGGACCACUUCAAGUGUACCAUACCUCACACUUCCAGACUUCCCAAGCCAUCAGAGAUCGACGGCCAAGAAUAUUUCUUCAUCUCGCGCGAGGAAAUGGAGACAGACAUCGCCAAUAAAAGAUUUGUAGAGCAUGGCGAAUAUAAAGGCAAUUAUUACGGGACGAGCUACGAACAAAUACGAUCUGCUAUCAACGAAGGGAAAGUCUGCAUACUGACGCCACAUCCUCAGGCACUCAAAUUGCUACGAACUGCUGAAAUGAAGCCAUACAUCAUAUUUAUAAAGCCACCGUCACUUGAACAACUUAAGGCCACGCGAACAAGCAAGAAUGCCAAGUCAGCGUUUGAUGAGAAAUCACUCAGACCUUUCACAUCUGAAGAAUUGAAAGAGAUGGUCCUCCACGCAGCAAGACUAGAGACGACGUACUCACAUUUAUUCGACCAAGUCAUUGUUAACGACGAUUUGGAAACUGCCGUUGAAGAUCUUUGUAAGGCCGUGCACAAGAUUGAGAAUGAGCCUCAGUGGGUCCCUGCUGGGUGGGUUCGGUGACAGCAAGAUGUACCAAGAAUUGCCAUGUGAAUCAACGUUCUUAAAGGCCCACUCCAAUCAUUAAAGCUCUAAGUGCUUUAAACUGCCUAAACUGUUUGUUUAUUGAGGACGGCUAAAAAUUGUAAGCGUAAAAAAUGAGUCAGUUUAAUCGGCCAGUAAGAAAGACCCAUUACUUGAUGCUCUGAUCUAAAAAGAUUCGAAUUGUAAAUAGCCAUAAGUAGUCUUCUAGUCUUUGUAUAAUCAUGUUUUAAACGGCCAUGAGUCAGCUGCAUGUACUUUCUCAGUCAUAAGUAAAUGAACACCAGGAUUUUCAGUCCCUGUUUGAAACCGUUCGAGUUUAUUUUAUUGAGGGGGCCUUAUUGUCCUUCACGCAGACAAUUUGAUGUUCAGAUUAAAAACCUGUGUUGAAAUCAACAUAUAAUGAGACUGUUACUUUUAAAAAGAAAAGAGUGUUCAUUUAUCUUUGACUAACACUUUACUCACAACUCUUGAUGGCUGCGUAAGGGUUAAUUUUUCAAGAUGCCUGUGUAAUGAUGUAUAAUCAGCUUGUAAGAUAAUAUAAUGUGUAUUCAAUUUCGCAAGUUAAAAACUUUCCGGCAGCUUGAAAUCAGACUGAAAAUACUCGUAUGAGCUGUGCAUUUUGUAGAAAGCAUGCAUACUUUUGAGUGAGUUUAAAAGUGAUAGGGUUAAUGAUCACCUAUAUUGUUGUAUGAUUAUGGACCAAAGUAUUUUAGUGCAGUAUUAGACGCAGUUGUUGUUACACCUUGAAGAAGGUAUCCAAGCUUCCAACUUACCAAGCAGUCUGCCCUGGAUAGUGUGGUUUGAGCCCUUAUAGGGGAAUGGUGGCAUCACAAGGAAAUGAGCCAAAAUGUGUGCUAGUUGGGUUACAGGUUACUCUGUGGUGCACGCACAAAAUCUAAGCAUAUUUUAAAAAUUUGUUUGCUAUCCACAGGACGAACCGGCUGUGCAUUUUUAUCCCCGACAUGUGAUGUAAAUCAUGCUUGGAGAACCUUAUUACCAGAUGAACAACAUUUCGUGGAAUGUGUCCAACAACAUAGUUUUUCCGGCUAUUCUGAAAAACUUUUUCCUUUCCCAGUACAGGCCAGCUCGGCAAGCUAGAAGGCCUGCCUUAUCACGUCAAUCUGGAGAUUUGAUUCUCUAGGGUGUGUUAGGAAGAUAAAAAGGUGUUAAAACAGAACCCACAAAGGGCGGUUGGGGGGGGGGGGGGGUAUUAUUGUGCUGUUGUACAAAUGCAAACUUCUGCCUUUUUAAAAUGCCUUAAACGGCAAUUAGUGUUCCCAGUUGCAUACUGUAAUCAGAAAAAUAUUGACACAUGUUUGUUUUGCGAUUCGAUAAAAAUUCUUCUGGUAAAUAUUUCAAAUAAUGCAGCGAAAUCAAAACAAUCAAGUUUUCCAAUUUCGUAAAGGGGAUUUUGACCUGUUAAGGAUUAUUCUCAAGAGAACCCAGGAUUGUCUUCCUUGAUAACCAGCAUGGCUUUCAAGGAACUAAAACUCCUGUCUCUUCACAACUAGGCUAGUUUGAGACUCAAUGUAAGAUAAAUUAAUGAGGGAGAAGUCAGAAGUGGUCCCUUGUACCCGAGUGUUGAUGCAAGGGCAAGUAAAAGAUCCCUUACAGGUGGACAGUUGCCUAUAGUGGACUCCAUACGCAAAAAUCCAGAAGGGUCACGACGCCUGCAGUAAUCACAAUCAGGUUGACGAAUUCAGACAUGAUCUAUAUGUCGGCGGUCCCCACAUUUGUCCUCACUUCGGAAUCAAUGUCACAUUACCUAUGUAUUACCAUACGAAUAAUCUAGGAAACUGACACAAUGAUUGUCACAGUUCCAUACAUUUCGAUCAGGGAAUCUGGCAUGAAUCAACACAUUUUUAUCCAUUGAAAGUGUUCAAUGACAUCAUUGGGGAAGCUCCUUGAAAAAACGAAGAUCUAUGUGGACCGUGAAUAUUAUCUGUUGGUGUUGAAAACAUUUUUGGAACACCCUGUGUUGUAAACUAAUUGUAAUUAUUAACAUUUGGCUGAUGAUAUUAAUAGGCCAGAAUCCCUUUACCGGUUAAUGUGACACGUCAAUUUUUUAUUCAUUCCUUUCAUAUUAUUGUAAAUACAGAAUAAUAUAUCGUCAGUUCUUCCCAACGUUAAUGUAAAGAUUCGUUUUGAAUUUUGUUGAUGACCGUCGAUUAAUCAAGAAA